AUGUCUCUUGUCCAAUACUCCGAUACAGAGUCUGAAAGCGGAUCCGGGCGGGAAAACAAGGACGGCAGCGCAUCAAGAUCGACAAAAAGACGCUGCCGUGAGCCUGGCGGUGUGCCGCAAAAAUCCCAAGGGCGCGCUGCCGCUUUGCCGCCACUGCCUACUGAAUUUCGAGAUUUGUACUCGACAUCCGCAAGAAUCAGCGUGCAAGAUGAUCCCAGCCUUCACAAUGGAAGGACAAGGGCAAUUCCCCAUGUAGUUGGAGUCUUAUCCAACAUUAUCAAAGGAUGUGAAAGCACAGAAGGGAACGGCAUAGCUAUUCAUAGCUUCCUUUACAGCGAUCUUGGUGCCCAACUACCGCUGCACAUCAGUCUUUCCAGGCCUGUGGUUCUUUUGACAGAGCAACGAGAAUCAUUUCUUGACCAGUUUCGUGACUACAUGAACAACUCGAAAAUCCAACCGUUUGAAGUCUCUCCCCAAAAGCUAGCCUGGGUGUCAAAUUUUGAAAACACAAGGUGGUUUCUCGUCCUUCAGCUGAACCGCCCCGCAAAUAAUGGCUUGAACCAAUUACUGCGUCUUUCGAAUAGCAGUCUUGCAUAUUUUGGUCAACCACCCUUAUAUGAGAGCCCGGCUGGUACGCAAAAACGAAAAUACGGAAAGCAAGCAGGACACCAGCGUAACUCAUCAUCAUCCUCUUCUUCUAUUGAUACCGAUUACACCAACUGUUUCCAUAUUUCAAUCGCUUGGACGCUCGAAGAGCCUUCCGAUGAUGAAAAAGAGCGACUUACAUCCAUAGAAUUACCGGCUCGUGACCUUAUAAUCAAAUUCAAUAACGUCAAAGUAAAAAUCGGGAAUCAGAUAUACAGUGAAGCGCUCCUAGCCUCGAUCGCUGAUGAAGCAGGCCUUGAGGGUGUCUAA